ACUCGCCACUUCUUUCCGGUAUUUCGGCCGUGGCCACCCGACUCUUCCAUGGUUUCGUAGCGUUCUCGCGUGUCUCAUGAGGUUACAUUUAUAAUGGGUCAAAAGAAAAAAGACUCUGAUAAAGGGUCUCAAAAUAGUGAAAGUGCGAAAAAUGCUAAAAAUCAGCAAAGUGACGACGAAGAGCCUAAUUUCAGUGACCCCGAGGGUUAUGUGGAUAUUUCCGAUGAAGAACUGCUAGCGGACAUCCUACAAGACAAGCCGCGCGAGAUCGAUGGCGUGGACUCGAUCAUCGCCGUUGACGGCCUGCCCCAGGUGGAGCCGGAGCGCUUCCCCAAGCUGCAGAACGUGGUCACCAAGCUGUUCUCCAAGUUCGGCACCAUCAUCAACACGCACUAUCCGCUGCAGGAGAACGGCUUCAACAAGCGCUACUUCUUCUGCGAGUACAGCAACCCUGAGAGCGCCAUGCAGGCCAAGAUGAAUCAUGCGCAGAAACUCGACAAGCAGCAUAUACUGUUUGUCUGCUCGUUCACCGACUUCAAAAGGUUUGAAGAGAUUCCUGACAAGUGGGAGCCACCUCAACCCAAGCCAUACGAGGAGCAGAAGGAUCUUUACAACUUCCUUCUCGAGCCAGAUGCCUACGAUCAGUUUGCGAUCAUUUGCAGUCGAGACAACACCGUUCAGAUCUGGCAGAACACCCUGCCCGAACUCACCAAGUUGGAGGAGCGACCUGGUUGGACCGAUUUGUACGUACAAUGGUCACCAUUAGGAACCUAUUUGGCCACUCUCCAUACGAAAGGAGUCGCGCUGUGGGGCGGACCUGAGUUCACUAGGAUUAUGAAAUUCACACAUGCAGGCGUCCAAUUCGUAGAAUUCUCACCCUGCGAAAAAUACCUGGUGACUUACGCGCCCCACACGGAGCAGGUGAACCGUAAGCUGGUGAUCUGGGACAUCCGGAUGGGUGUCGAGAAGCGCAGCUUCAGCAUGAGUGGACCCUGCAUCUGGCCGAUAUUCCGCUGGUCCAAGGACGACAAGUAUUUCGCCCGUAUCUCCAAUAAACUUAGUAUUUUCGAAACGCCGUCAUUUGGCCUGCUGGACAAAGAGAGCUUGAGAGUUGAUAACAUCAAGGACUUCAGUUGGUCGCCCACUGAUAACAUUAUUGCCUACUGGGUCUGCCCCAAUGAUCAGAACGAGCCUUCAAGAGUCGUACUCAUGGAUGUGCCUAGCAAGGUUGAAAUACGAACGAAUACUCAGUUCAAUGUGGCUGACUGUAAACUGCAUUGGCAGAAGUCGGGAGACCAUCUCUGUGUCAAACUCGAUCGUUACGGAAAGGUCAAGAAGGAGAAGGAUGAGUGCAAAUACACGGGAAUGUACUACAAUUUUGAAAUCUUCCAUAUGAGAGAGAAGAAUGUGCCGGUUGAUAUCAUCGAAAUCAAGGAGCCGAUCCAUGCGUUUGCGUGGGAGCCGACAGGCAUCAAGUUCGCCAUCAUCCAUGGAGAGGCACCCAACAUCAGUGUAUCGUUCUACGGCGUCAAAACCAAAAUCGAAUUGCUCAAAACGUUCGAGAAGACGGCCUGCAACACGCUGUUCUGGUCGCCGGCGGGGCAGUUCAUAGUGUUGGCUGACCUGCGCACCAAUGGUAACCUGGAGUUUGUCGACACCAACGACUUCACCAUCAUGAAUGCACCCGAGCACUACUCGGUCAGCGACGUCGAGUGGGACCCCACCGGCCGAUACGUCGUCACCGCCGUCUCCAACUGGAAGGCCAAGGUUGACGCCGGCUACUGGAUCUGGACAUUCCAAGGCAAGAUCCUGAAGCGGUGCAACGUGGACGACUUCUGCCAGCUGCUGUGGCGUCCGCGACCGCCAUCUUUGCUCGACGCCGACAAACAGAAGCAGAUCAAGAAAAACCUCAAGAAGUACAGCGUCCAGUUCGAGAGCAAGGACCGGCUCAGGCAGACAAAGGCUUCCAAGGAAUUGAUUGAGAAGCGAAGCAAUUUGAUGAAGAAAUUCGAUGAGUUCCGUGAAAGAGCAAUGGAACAAUGGGCUGCCCAGAAAGCGAGACGUUUGGAGAUGCGCAACAACAUUGACACGGACGAGCUUGAAGCGGAAACCGAUGAAGAGGAGGAGGUGGAAUUUUUGGUAAAGGAAGAAACAACAAUAGUCGAUUAAUAGCAAGGAGAUCUUCUGCUGUUAUCUCGGAUUAGCAGUACAUGUGUUGAGGCUUUCGGCCAGCCGAUUCCAGCUGGUCUGGUCGAUUACUCGAAUAAUAAUUACAAGUUUCAACUGAUUUGUUUCUUCAUACUGAUGAACCUCAUAACCAACAUGGAUAGUGUUUGCAAUGGAUUUAUCAACGAGCGGAAGUACUUCAGUCCAACUGAAUUCACUUCAACGCGCCAAAACUUGAAAUUUUUCAAAAGGUUACUACUUGCACAUCUAUUAUCCGGAUUGAUUUUUUGUCUAGCUUUAUAUGUUUUUUAUACUAGGCUAACGCUUAGACUCAUAUUAAGGUGUUUUCAUAGAAGCGGUUCCAAUUUUUAUCAUAUUCCUUACCGAUUAUUGUAUCACGUUAAUAAAAGAUGCAUCAAAUUGAAUAAAAAAUUCAAAAUUCAGUAAAAA